CAAGUGGCGCAACCUGCGCAACAGGCUCAGCCCCUCCUUCACGUCGGGCAAGCUCAAGCUCAUGUUCCCCCUCAUGCGGGACAUUGGCGCCGAGCUCAACGCCCAGGUCGCCGUCGAGGCCAAGAAGACGGACACCCACGAGGUGGAGAUCAGCGCGCUGCUCUCUCGCUUCGCCACCGACGUCAUCGGGUCGGUCGCGUUCGGCAUCCAGUGCAACUGUCUUCGAGACCAACACAACGAAUUCCACGAAAUGUCCAAAAAGAUGUUCAGAACGUCGACCAUCCAGUUCCUCCGUUUCAUCCUGGAAGGAAUUCACCCCAAAUUGAGCAAACUCCUUCCCAUGAAGUGGAUCUUCUCCAACGUACAUCGCUUCUUUGUCGACUUGAUGAAGGAAACUGUCGAGUACCGCGAGAAGAACAACGUGGAGCGCAACGACUUCGUGCAGCUCAUGAUGCAGUUGCGAAAUGCCGACCUGUACAACGCGGAUCCGGAGAACCACAUGCAGCUAACCCCCGGCGUGAUGGCGGCGCAGGGCUUCAUCUUCUUCAUCGCCGGCCUCGACAACAUCUCCAAUACGAUCUCCUUCGCGAUGAGCAAGCUGUCUACCAACCCGGAGCUGCAGCAGAAGCUGGCCGACGAGGUGCGCGACGUGCUGCGCCAGCACGACGGCGAGCUGUCUUACGCCGCCCUCAAGCAGAUGGACCUGCUGGACCGCGUCGUUCAAGAGGCGUUGCGACUGUGGAACCCUAUCGGCAUGCUCAUGCGGAAGUGCAACGCCACUACUCAGGUGGGCGACGUCCUCAUCGAGAAGGGGCAGAUGGUCUUCAUCUUGUCGCAGAUGACGGCCCUAGACGAGAACCAGUUCCCGGAGCCGCAGCGCUUCGACCCGGACCGCCACACGCGCGAGGCCAAGGACGCGAGGCACCCAUACGCCUUCCUGCCCUUCGGCGAGGGCCCCAGGAACUGCAUCGCCGAGCGCUUCGCGCUGCUGGAGAUGAAGCUCGCCGUCGCCCUGCUCAUCCGAGACUUCGUUUUUAGUCCUGGCUCCAAAUAUGAGGCUAAUGUUGAACUCGACGAAAAGGCGUUUUUCCCAAGGCCGAAGAACGGUUUCCACCUCCAAGUCGCUGCCCGCGUCGCAUAAAAUGAUUGCAGUAUCUUUUCUUUUUUUUUUUGUAAUUGAUAAGAUAGGUAUGAGUCGGUGGCUUGACGUAUUUUUAUACGGAUGUCGUAUAUUGUGAACGAUAAGCUAGUGUGUUUGUCGAUUUGAGCAUUGUGUAUGAUUUCUGUAUGUGUAAAAAGUAAAAUCUUAAAAUGAUAUUUAUUGAUGAAAGGACUCACGAUACACUUCACAGAUCAGACCAAAGGUUUGCCUCUACUAUUUUUAUACCGUAAAUGUAUUAAUCUUGUUAUUUUAUACUUUGUGUGCGUUUUAUUAUGUGU